UAUUCGACAAGCUUCAGACAAGACGCUUCUUAAAGCCUUGUAACGCUCACUGUUCAGUGCCAUUAAUCGAUCUAAUAUAGUACAAGCAAUAGUUUCUACUUCUCAGAACCGAAGACCAUGGCUACAACUACCAUCGAAGCAGCUACAGCAAAGCUAUCAGUCGCAGACGACUUCUCAAAGUAUGACUUUGCCAACCUUAAGCCAUACGUCCACCCACCGGAGACAAAAGAAGACUUGCCAUGGGCGGAGCUUGUGACUCUCGACCUUGAGGACUACGGUCGGCCUGGAGGCAAAGAGAGGUUGGCCAAGCAACUGGAACAUGCUGUUCAUCACGUUGGCUUUUUCUACGUGAAGAACUUUGGCUUAACUCAGGAGCAAGUUGACCGUCAGUUCACAUUAGCAAAACACUUCUUCGAGCUGCCCACAUCUGAGAAAGAGAAGUUUGAAAUAGACUACAAAGCCGCCGACUACAACGGAUGGCGCCGACCUGGUCGUUCGGCGAACCCCAAUGCAGACAACAUUGAGAUUUACAACAUUCCCAAGUUUACCGACGACUUCAAGGGCAAAUACGACCAGCCGGACCUUAUCAAGGCGCAUCUUCCAGAGAUUGAGGUCUUUCAACGCGCUCUGCAUUCCAAUGUUGUUCUACCACUACUUCGUCUGUUUGCCAUCGUGCUUCAAUUGCCCGAUGAAGAAUACCUCGUCAAGCAGCACAGCUUUGAGAAGAAGUCGGAAGACCAUUUCCGCUAUAUGAUCUACCACCCACGCACGGAAGAAGAAUGGGCCACAGCAAAAUACGGCGCAACAGGUGGCCACACCGAUCUCGGCACCGUCACAUUGCUCUUCCGCCAGCCCGUCGCAGGCCUCCAGAUCCUUGGAGAAAACGGUGAAUGGACGUGGGUCAGCGCCCAACCCGGCACAAUCACCGUCAACCUCGCAGACACCAUCUCCCACCUCACAGGCGGCUGGCUCAAGUCCUCGGUGCAUCGCGUUUCCGCCCCGCCCAAGGAUCAGCGACAGUAUGAACGCACGGGUCUGUUAUACUUUGCGCGUCCUCACAACGACACCAAAUUGCUUCCGAUUACGGAUUCGCCCGUCCUGCAGAAAGCGGGUGUGAAGCCGCGGUUCGAGAAGAUUGUUACCGUGGAAGAGUGGGUCAAGGCGAAGCAGACGCUGCAGCUCAAUCCUGAGAUUGCCGAGAAGAGGUGGGCGGAGAGGGGAGAUGGGAAGGUCGAGGUCAUUGCUGGAUUCCAUGAUCAGCGGUAUAAGGAGUAGGGUAUUUCAGUCUGUAUAUGAGGGAUAGGUAUGACAUGCUUUUAUUGAGUAAGCAGUACUGCGGAAGG